AUGAGCACCCCCGUCGGGAACCCAAAGGAGAGUGAAGAAAGCCCUGGAAGCAUGUGGCCAAAGGAUCUCAUCAAUCUGGAGGCUGGGGAAACUGCCUGGCAGGUCCUGAAGAUCAGGGAGCUCUCCGAUUUGGAUCGCCAAGACCCCUUCAUGGUGAUUGACCUGGGCAUGCUGGUCCGCCGCCGUCAGGUCAUCCGCCAGGCCCUGCCUCGGGUCUCACCCUUCUAUGUGGUGAAAUGCAACAGCAGCCCCUGGGUGCUGCGUGACCUGGCCACCCUGGGCACUGGCUUCGACUGUGCCAGCCAGGUGGAGCUGGAGCAGGGGCUGGGCCUGGGCGUGGCCCCCUCUCGUAUCAUCUAUGCCAACCCCUGCAAGCCUGUCUCGCACAUCUAGUAUGCUGCCCGCCAUGGGGUGCGGUUCCUGACCUUCAACAGUGAGGGGGAGCUAAUCAAGGUGGCCCAGCACCACCCUGGGGCUAGGCUGGUCCUCCGGCUGUGGACCCAGGACAGUGAGAGCAUCUUGCUGAGCGCCAAGUUUGGGGCCAACCUGGAGGUGUGUGAACAUAUGCUGAAGUCCGCCAGAGACCUGGGGUUGGCGGUGGCUGGAACCAGCUUCCACGAGGGCUCAAGAUGCCAGGCACCCCAUAGCUUCACGCAGGCCAUCACCAACUGCCGGCGCAUGUUUGAGAUGGGCUGCGGGGUCAGGCAUGACAUGAGUCUCCUGGACACCGGAGGGGGCUUCCCUGGAGAGGAGGGCUCUGACUCUAAGUUUGAGGAGAUGGUGGGAGUGAUCAACACAGCCCUGGCCCAGGACUUUCCCUAGGGGAGAGGCGUCGAGCUCAUCGCAGAGCCCGGCUGCUUCUACGCAGCACCUGUCUGCAUGAUCGCUGUCAACGUGAUUGCCAGGAAGGCUGUGCUGGAGCCCGGAGGCUACUGGAAGCCGCUGUUCUAUCUCAACAACGGCCACUACGGCGCAUUCUGCAUUUCCAGGGAGCCUGAACCCAGGAUGCCCAUUGUGGUGAAGGACCUCCGCCCCAAGCUGCCCCUCUUCUCUUGCACCCUCUACAGCCCCACGUGCAAUGCCUUUGACAAGCUCUUCUUGAAGGAGGUGCAGCUGCCUGAGCUGGACGUGGGCGACUGGCUGGUCUUCCCCUCCAUGGGCGCCUACAUGUCCACCAUGAGCUCCGCCUUCAGUGGCUUCCCUCUCCCCUCCCAUCUGCUGCGCCACGGGACCCGAACUCACAUGUCUGGAGGGAGGUGGAAAGGGGCUGGGCAGUGA